AUGGCGAAAUCAAGAAUUAUAGCAAAGAUAGAUUUAAGAAGAAUGGAUGAACAACUUGAGAGGCAUUUAGAUAGAGUAUUUAGCAAUAAUAAUGGUUGUACUGAAGAGACGAAUAAAUUGGAAGUGAUCAUGACGAAGAAACAAGAAUGGGAAUUGGAUCCUACAAAACUUAAAGUCAACACUAUUAUUGCUAAAGGAACAUACGGAUCAGUUUAUAAAGGUGUUUAUGAUGGUAAACAAGUUGCAGUUAAAAUACUUGAUUUAAGCAAUGAAAAAAGAAGGAAUAUAGUAACAAAGGCUUUCACACAAGAAGUUUCAAUAUGGUACAAUUUACAUCACCCAAACAUUGCAAAGUUAAUCGGAGGUUCGAAAACAUUGCCCCCUGAAUCUACAAGAUGGAUGAAAAAAUUGACGAGAAAUCAUUCAUUGGCAAAACAAACAGUACUUGAAUAUGGUAUCGUGGUUGAAUACGUCCCUGGAGGUACACUUAGAUCACACCUCUUAAAAAAUCAUAUAAAAAAGUUGCCAUUGAUUUAUGUAAUUCAACUAGCAUUAGAUGUUGGAAGAGGGUUGAGUUACCUUCACUCUAAGAAAAUUGUUCAUAGAGAUGUAAAGAGUAGUAAUUUAGUUGUGGAUAAGGAAGGAAGAGUAAAAAUAAUUGACUUUGGAGUAUCUCGAAUCGAGGCUUCAUGUCCUAUUAACAUGACUGCGCAAACUGGGACUAUUGGUUACAUGGCUCCUGAGGUUCUUAUUGGUUUACCAUAUGAUCAUAAAUGUGAUGUUUAUAGUUUUGGAAUUUGUUUGUGGGAGAUAUAUUGUUGUUCAAUUCCAUAUAUUGGACAAAUUUGUCCUUCUCAUGAAAUAAGUCCAAAUGUGUACAAGAGUCUAAGGCCUGAAAUACCUAACACUUGUCCAAGUGCUGUGGCCAAUAUAAUGAAACAAUGUUGGAAUGCAAAUCCAAAAAAGAGGCCAGAGAUGAAGGAAGUGGUGCUCAUGUUGGAAGCCAUUGACACAACUCAAGAUGCACAAAAAGGUUGUUUUUGCUUGAUUUAG